GUAACAACUCUCAGAGAGGAGCAUUGCCCGUCAGACAGCAACUCAGAGACUAACCAGAGAACAACCAGCAUUUCUUGCACUACAACUUGCUUAAGCUCUUACACUUCAUAGUGAAGCUAUGCAUCACCGAGUGAAGCAAUGUGGAACACUGGAAAGAGUGGGCUUCCUUAGACAGACCUGGGCUUGAAUCCCUGCUCCGCUACCUACCAGCUGUGUGACCUUAUACAAGUUACUUAAUGUUUCUGGGCAUCAGGAUAUAAUCUAUAAAAUAGGGAGAAUCACCUCUACCUCAUACAGAUUCUGUAAAGAUUAAAUGAGGAGAGGAGAUUGAAACAAUGGAGGACCUUUGUGUGGCAAACACACUCUUUGCCCUCAAUUUAUUCAAGCAUCUGGCAAAAGCAAGCCCCACCCAGAACCUCUUCCUCUCCCCAUGGAGCAUCUCGUCCACCAUGGCCAUGGCCUACAUGGGCUCCAGGGGCAGCACCGAAGACCAGAUGGCCAAGGUGCUUCAGUUUAAUGAAGUGGGAGCCAAUGCAGUUACCCCCAUGACUCCAGAGAACUUUACCAGCUGUGGGUUCAUGCAGCAGAUCCAGAAGGGUACUUAUCCUGAUGCGAUUUUGCAGGCACAAGCUGCAGAUAAAAUCCAUUCAUCCUUCCGCUCUCUCAGCUCUGCAAUCAAUGCAUCCACAGGGGAUUAUUUAUUGGAAAGUGUCAAUAAGCUGUUUGGUGAGAAGUCUGCGAGCUUCAGGGAAGAAUAUAUUCGACUCUGUCAGAAAUAUUACUCCUCAGAACCCCAGGCAGUAGACUUCCUAGAAUGUGCAGAAGAAGCCAGAAAAAAGAUUAAUUCCUGGGUCAAGACUCAAACCAAAGGCAAAAUCCCAAACUUGUUACCUGAAGGUUCUGUAGAUGGGGAUACCAGGAUGGUCCUGGUGAAUGCUGUCUACUUCAAAGGAAAGUGGAAAACUCCAUUUGAGAAGAAACUAAAUGGGCUUUAUCCUUUCCGUGUAAACUCGACUCAGCGCACAGCUGUACAGAUGAUGUACUUGCGUGAAAAGCUAAACAUUGGAUAUAUAGAAGACCUAAAGGCUCAGAUUCUAGAACUCCCAUAUGCUGGAGAUGUUAGCAUGUUCCUGUUGCUUCCAGAUGAAAUUGCCGAUGUGUCCACUGGCUUGGAGCUGCUGGAAAGUGAAAUAACCUAUGACAAACUCAGCAAGUGGACCAGCAAAGACAAAAUGGCUGAAGAUGAUGUUGAGGUAUACAUACCCCAGUUCAAAUUAGAAGAGCAUUAUGAACUCAAAUCCAUUCUGAGAAGCAUGGGCAUGGAGGAUGCCUUCAACAAGGGACAGGCCAAUUUCUCAGGGAUGUCGGAGAGGAAUGACCUGUUUCUUUCUGAAGUGUUCCACCAAGCCAUGGUGGAUGUGAAUGAGGAGGGCACUGAAGCAGCCGCUGGUACAGGAGGUGUUAUGACAGGGAGAACAGGUCAUGGAGGCCCACAGUUUGUGGCAGAUCAUCCUUUUCUUUUCCUUAUUAUGCAUAAAAUAACCAAGUGCAUUUUAUUUUUUGGCAGAUUUUCCUCACCCUAAAACUAAGCGUGCUGUUUCUGCAAAAGAUUUUUGUAGAUGAGCUGUGUGCCUCAGAAUUGCUAUUUCAAAUUGCCAAAAAUUUAGAGAUGUUUUCUACGUAUUUCUGUUUUUCUGAACAACUUCUGCUACACAAUAAAUAAAAACACGGAAAUAAUUAGACAAUUGUCUAUUAUAACAUGACAACCCUAUUAAUCAUUUGGUCUUCUAAAAUGGGAUCAUGCCCAUUUAGAUUUUCCUUACUAUCAGUUUAUUUUUAUAACAUUAACUUUUACUUUGUUAUUUAUUAUUUUAUAUAAUGGUGAGUUUUUAAAUUAUUGCUCACUGUCUAUUUAAUGUAGCUAAUAAAGCUAUAGAAACAGAUGAUCAGUUAAUUUCCUAUCUAAAAAAUGCCUUUACUUGUUCUCAUAAUGAAGAAUAAGUAGGUAUCCCUCCAUGCCCUUCUAUAAUAAAUAUCUGGAAAAAAAAUUAAACAAUAGGCAAAUAUAUGUUAUGUGCAUUUCUAGCAAUACAUACCACAUAUAUAUGUCUGUAUCUUAUAUUCAAUUGCAAGUAUAUAAUAAAUAAACCUGCUUCCAAACAACAAUA